AUGUCCGAUACCUAUGCCCACAGAAACCAGGAAUACUGGAACCGUGCAGCCGAAGAGGUAUACAAGGACAAAUGGGUCCAUGACCUCCAAUCUCAGAUCUCGGACUUCCUGGAGUCGCACGUUGACUGGCUCGCUCUGCCCAAGGAUAUCCAAGAAAACAGACCGGCCAAGAUGAUGGACUACGCAUGCGGCAACGGCAUCGUCACACGUUCACUCCAUCGCCUGUUCUCUCAAUGUAUCGGUGUCGAUAUCACGGAGGGCAUGCUGGACAAAUAUCGUGCUACAGCCAUUGAUAUUGGCCUCUCCGAGUCUCAGAUAGUGGCCGUUCAGGGAAACCUCCUGGGACCCUUUGUGGAGACAACCAAGCCCCCAAUGGGCCAAGAGCAGCUGAGCAACUUCGACCUGGUGGCUAUAUGCAUGGCCCUGCACCACGUCGAUGAUAUUGACAUGGCCAUCAAGCGUCUGUCCGAGAGGCUUCGUCCUGGCGGCGUACUUCUCGUUGUGGAUUGGGCCAAACGAGACACUGCGAGCAACAGCGCUGGCAAGGAUAGCCAGUACGCCCAUCACCAGCACCAGCACCAGUACCAUCACCCGCAACAUCAAAAUCAGCCGCACCCCGCGUCACGCACUAUCUCACACGAUAGUUUCACGGAGGAGCAGGUGGUGGGUCUCUUCGAUGGUGCUGACUGCGGUCAUUCAAGCUUCGUCCUGGCGGAAAGACUGUCCGAUGUCCCUGGUGCUCGCACCGGCAAGAUGCAGUUGUUUUUCGCUAGGGCGACUAAGCUGUGA